UAUAAAUGUUCCCGUACGCAUGCGGUCACACUGCCCCUGCAACUGUCAAAGUGAAGAAGAAAGCGAAAAGUGAACGAAAGCUGAAAUUAAAAGAACUGUCAGGCCGCGAAAUAAUAGAAAAAAAGAGCAAAAAUCGAAUCAUGGCAGCAAGGAAGCCUCAGAUGUUCAUGUUCCAAGAAGCGCCAAAGACGGCAGUCGAGAGCGAUCAGAGGACUGGAAAAAGGAUUUCCAAAGAGCUCAGCAGCGACUCGGAUUCCUCAAGCGAUCACGACAGCACUUCGGAUGAUUCCAGCAUCAAUUCCGACUCAAAUUCCUCGGAAUGUGGUGGGUGGAAUGAAUCGCCAAAAGGACAGUCCAUGGGGGGCAUUGAAGAUUUACUGGAGAUGUCGUCGCCCACAUACGAGUAUAGCAGUGGCCCAAUGCCAUCGAUGCCUGUGUACGACGAGGACACCGAUCAGUUUAAAUCUCCCACUAGCCAGUACACCGGACUGUCCGCUGGCAGAGUCGCUGAAAAGUGGGAAACGCCGGAGGAGCCAGUCAGUGAUUAUGAGGAGGAUUUAAAUGGCUUUUCGGAUCCCAGCUGUGAUUCCGACACCCCGGACGACGAGGAGGAAGACGAGGAAACAGUUCAUCCGUUUGGCCAGAGAAAGGAAAGCUGGUUGAAGCUGCCAUUGGGCACGGGCGAGGUGCCUUUUCGGUUUGCCAGCUCGAAGAAAGCCGCCCAACAAUCCACCGGAAGUGGCAGUGAUUACACCGACGAAGAAGAGGCUGCUCGCAGCAUGGGUAACGAGUUCUACGAUGACAGUGCCAGUCACGGCCAGGACCCCACCGAGACGCUCGUGUUCCAGGCCAUCAAGCAGGAGGAGAUAUUCGAGGAGUACGAGCAGACCUUCCACGCAGUUCGCGCCAUGGUGGCGGUGGUGUGCGGCCACUUGAAGUACGACAUCCACCAGCUGCUGUAUCCCAUGCUGGUGCUGACCUAUCUGCAGAUGGUGGCCAGCGACAACGUGAACGGGGCCAUGACGUUCCUGAAGAACUGCGGCAAGUGCUUGGACGACGCCUCCUACAAGUCGCGCCUCGCCAAGCUCAUGAAGAUCCUGCGGCCCGAGGAGGUGCCCGCAAAGGCGCGUCUGCUGCUCAAUGGCAACGAGAAGGUGGAGAUCCAGAUGUCGCGCGGUGCCUACAUGCAGUGCCUGCUCCUCUUGUCGCGCCUGCCGUUCUGCCAGCAGGACAAAAUCCUGGGCCACUUCCGCAUCCGGAUGUACCAGGACGAGAAGCUGCCGCAGCAACGCACCCGCCUGGGACAUCCCAGGCUGGACAUCAUGCUGUGGACAGUGCCCGGGAAGCCCGGAGAACGCCCCAAGAUCUCGUCGCCCGCUGCCGGUUCUGGUCGGCGUCGCAAGAGGGAGUUCGCCGCACACACGAACGCCAAUAUGCCGCCCAGACAACAGCUGUACACGCCCCCGCCGAGUCUCAAGGACGAGAUUAAGCGCCGGACGCACGAGCAGCAGCGAGAGGCGCUGGGUCGGGAGCACCUGCCCUCGGUCUACCUGUACACGGCCAUGGCCGGGCAGGAGAACAUUAUCUGUGCGGACUUCUCGGUGAACUUCGACAUGGUGGCCCUCGGCACGAACGCCUCCCUGGUGCACGUCUUCUCGGUGGAUGCCGCCAAGAAGCUGGAGGAUAUGACGCUCGACACUGGUAGGUCGGACAAGCGGGACAAGCGCAUCCUGUACGGCCACCAGGGGGCUGUCUACGGCUGCGCCUUCUCUCCCGACGACCGUUACCUUCUCAGCUGCUCGCGGGACUCCGAUGUGCGUCUGUGGUGCCUCCGCUCGUGGCACUGUCUGGUCAUCUACGAGGGUCACCAGAGCCCCGUGUUCAGCGUUGUGUUUGCCCCGCUGGGCUUCUACUUUGCCACCGGCUCGGCGGAUGGCACGGCUCGUGUCUGGGCACAGAAUCUCAAGAAAUCGGCGCGCCUCUUCUCCGGCCACUUGGCCAGCGUGGAGGUGUGUCUGUUCCAUCCGAACAGGUACUACCUGGCCACGGGCUCCUCCGACUGCACCGUCCGCCUCUGGGACAUCGUGAAGGGCCACCAGGUGCGUCUGCUCAGCGGCCACGCGGCGAGAAUCCCCUCGCUGGCCUUCUCCAAGUGCGGCCGCUUCCUGGCUUCUGGAGGCGGCGAUAAUCUGGUCAUUGUCUGGGACCUGCCCCGCGAGCGAAUGAUCCGCUGCCUGAGCCACCACACGGCAGCCAUCUACUCGUGCGACUUUGACAUGAACAAUAAUCUGCUGGUCGUGGGCAGCCGGGAUGGCCGGCUCUCCAUCUGGGACUUUGACCGCCUCGUCCAGGAGUCUGGACGAGCCCACAAGAACUCGCCCUCCAGACGGCCCACAGAGGAGUUGCUGCUUAAGUCGUAUGCCAACGAUGAGGGAGCCAUCUAUAAGGUUUCCUUCACCAGCGGCAAUCUCAUGUUUGGCGUUCGCCUGGAGUCGACAAAGAAGUCCGAGGACCGAGCUGGAAGUGAACAUGGGACGUUUGCUGUAUAAAAUGAUCCCCUAAUAUUCGAUUCGAUUUGUGAGAGUUUUUCGAAGUGUAUAAGCCAAUGAGUUGAAU